AUGUCACUUUUACAUGAUAGAAUAAAAAUUGACGAAGCAAUAAUCACUGAUGGUGCCGCGUGUUUAUUUCUACGGUCUGCUCCACCAGAGGAUGAGAUCACAGCUGAAGGCGGAGCGGCAACAAUUGAGAGAAGGGGUUUUGAAAUGAAGAUGGUGUAUAUGAUUGGCGGUUUGGGAGGACUAUUUGCCCUAUUAUGA